AUGGGUGCAUCAAGCUUAGGUUCAUCUUUAGCAAAAUGCAUUAAUCUCUCAAAUUUGAAACUCGACCUUCAGGUUAAUUAAAUUGGUGCAAUGGGUGCAUCAGGCUUAGGUUCUGGUUUAGCAAAAUGCAUUAAUCUCUCAAAUUUGACACUUGACCUUUAUAGAAAUUAAAUUGGUGCAAUGGGUGCAUCAAGCUUAGGUUCAUCUUUAGCAAAAUGCAUUAAUCUCUCAAAUUUGACACUUGACCUUGAGGUUAAUUAAAUUGGUGCAAUGGGUGCAUCAGGCUUAGGUUCUGGUUUAGCAAAAUGCAUUAAUCUCUCAAAUUUGACACUUCACCUUGGGUAAAAACAGUUUAUUUGUUUUGGAUUGUGA